AUGAUGGAAUUAGAGCCUUCACCCAAAGCCACGGAGUACCUGCACACCCUCGAUACACACGCUGAGCACCUUCUGUCCCAGAUAAACAAAAUGCGCCUUCAGUUGGAGUUCUGCGACGUGCAGAUACAGAUCAGAGAAACUGUGUUUGCGGUGCACAAGCUGGUGCUGGCUGCCAGCAGUCCGUACUUUUCCGCAUUGCUUGCUGGGGGUAUGAAGGAGGCAUCAAAUGAUGUGGUACAGAUUCAGGGACUGGAGCCAAGCAGCUUUCAGCUCCUACUGGACUUCAUUUACACAGGUAUAGAAUACCCUUUAUAGAAUAAUCCUGUACUAUUCAGCGGUCCCCCAACAUAGUCCUCAUGACCACCAACAGUUCAGGUUUUGCCAGUAUCUUCAUUUGAAUAAAAAGGGAAAUACAUAAAUCCUGGACUGUUGGUGGUCCAUGAGGACUGGGUUGGGUAUAGUAUAGAUGGUAUUCUUCUUCUCCAGUUCAGUGGUAAUCACUAUAUUGACCUGGGAAAGAUAAAAUGUUGCAUCGAUCCAAUGUGAAAUUUUACCUUUUUCUAGCCGACUGAGCUGUAUGGGAGUUACGUUGCUUACUCUGUCUUAAAGACGUAUAUGUCUUAUUUAAGCCGCAUUGUUUUAUGAGUAAAUAGUAGAAUAAAUGGCGUAUACCGUGCCCAAAGUUAUACGUACAUAAAUCUUCAGAUGGUGUAAUACUGUAGACCUCAGAAUAACAAAAAAGAAUACAGUAAUAGUGCAAUACAGUAUAGUAGAAUACAAAUGGAAAUAAUAGUGCUAUAUGAGAUUCACUCACAUUUAAUUGAGCUAUCUGAGAGCUCUGCUGUGUUGCGCAUGGACGGUACAAUCCCCGUCUAAGGAUCUGUGGUGAUGUUGGCAAUACAGGUGCUCCAAAUGCAAUGCAACGUGCGUGAUAUACAUGGAGACCAAUAUAAACAGGAGAUAACUCCAAUGGUGAAGUACUUGUAAAUAUAAAGAAAAUAAGGUAAUGUACUUACAUUUACUAGAGCAGGCCUUGCUCUAGAUUAAACAGCAUGGGUGGUAUAAUCCCCACCUAUGGAUAUGUUUGUACCAGGAAGCAAAGAAAAAAUAAAAGGUGAAUAGCUAUAAAAAGCAAACUUUUAUUUUAACCAAAAUAGUAAAAGACAUUAAAAAGUCUAAAAAUAGAAUGAGUCCCACUUGACGCGUUUCGCCUAUCCAAGGCUUAUUCAAAAGUGUGAGUUGGUCCUUGCAGUGUUCUGUUUAUAUGUGAAGAUCUUUAUUGAAGAUUGCUGCCUGGUGAGUCCAAUUUCCGGUUUCAUUGGAGCGCACUUGUUGUUGUUUUACGAGUACCCCGUUACCAGCUGUGACAAUGUGCCGAUAAAACUGCAUCAUCUCACUACCAAGUCAUCGUUGCAGGAUGCUGUAUGUUAAAGGGACACUAUAGUCACCUGAACAACUUCAGCUUAAUGAGGUUGUUUAGGUGAGAACUAUAGCUCCCUGCAGCCUUUCUCGUGUAAACACUGUAUUUUCUAAGAAAAUACAAUGUUUACAUUAGAAUCUAGGAACACCUCCAGAUGCAGUCACUCAGACUGCCACCAGAGGAACUUCCGAGUUCAUGAAUGCCUAAUUCGCAUUCAUCACGUUUUGAUGUCUUCACGCUUUGGUGAAUACUUUAAACGUGAUGACAGGAGGCAAUGUGAAUGCGCCUCCUGUGUCCUGUAGUAUCCUGUCAGCAAUCAGAGCCGACAGUGUGGGAACCAAGUUCUCCUGCACAAACAGCGGCUCUGGCUGACAGGCUGAAGACCAGAGACCGACCAGCAGAUUCCAAACCGUAAGUAAACUUAUUUUGUGAGUGAGUGAGUGAGAGAUUGUGAGUGUGAAGGAUGGAUCCAUCCCUCUCUAUCUAUCCAUCCAUCCCUCUCUAUCCAUCACACAGUAAUAGUAUAUGGAUGACCAGGAAACAAAUCUCAUCUCCUAGACACUAACCAAGGACCAAGGUGCCUGGUCAUCUGUACACUUCACCCAUCAUUCUAAGCUCUUUAUGACUUAGAGCCAAAUUUACAUUCCAAAUCACAAAGCAAACUUCAGGUAGCUAAUGUAGAUUUUUCCAUAUGCACAAUAUAUGGAUUUGUGCAUAACCAGCCCACUUUUAAUAAAAUAAUUUUGUAGUUUAAAGCCUUAGGAAUUUGAUAUCACAUGGUGAUCUAGGGCCUUGUUUGCUAUCCUGUCUGCCAUAGAUUGUAUGGUGGGGUAUACCCGUGACACACUCUGCUCCCAGAUUACUGGAUACAAAGUAUAAAAAUAUUACAAGUAGGUAAAGCCUUCCUAAGCUUAUCAUCUUUUUCCAUAACCGACUCUUUUAAAGGGUUCGUCUAAGCACCAUAUGCACUUUGUGUUACUUACAUAUGUACAGGAACUUGUCUAAUCCAACAAGCUAUUUUUCUUUCUUUUAUUUUUUUAUUUUAUUUUUUUUUAAUAUAUGUCAUGACUUGGUUGUUCCCUGUAAACAUUCUUUGAAUUAUUUGGUCUUUAUUGUUUCUCCUUGGACAGGCUCGGUGAGCAUUAGUGGAGAGAACGUACAAGAGUUGAUGACGGCAGCAGACAUGCUUCAGCUGAGCAAUGUAGUAGACCUGUGCUGUGACUUCCUAAAAGACCAGAUUGAGCCAGGCAACUGCGUAGGCUUUUUCCAAUUCUCUGAGCAGUUGGCUUGCCAAUCACUGGUCGAUUUCACGGAGAGCUACAUCCACACACAUUUUCCAGAGGUAAAGAUGGGGGAUGAAUUUCCAACUCUUACAAAAGACCAGCUGAUCCGUAUCUUGCGCAGUGAAGAACUCUGUAUUGAGGAUGAACAUCAAGUCUUCUCUGCUGCCCUGGCUUGGAUCCAGGGGGACAUUGGAACACGCAAGAGGCAUGUAGUUGAGGUACUGGAACCAGUGCGCUUCUCAUUGCUUCCACCACAAAGACUUCAAAAAAGCAUUGAAGGUAAAAAUGGCUGCCACACCUUUUUACCUAGAUGCUUGACCUUCACCUGUUCAGAUUGGAUACAAAAAUUUUUGAUAGUUGUCCUCUAAUUUCCCUGCGUACUAUAGAUGUGACUGAUUUCAACUUGCGGGUGGCUUUGCAGACUCUGCUGAGGGAAUAUUACGAGCCGUGCCACUCGCCUAAAGAUAAGAAGCACUGCAACUCUCUACAAGCAUCUCGUGUUCGUCCACGCAGAAAAGCUCGUAAAUUCCUCUAUUCCAUUGGUAGGGAUGAUUUAUUUUUUUGGAUUUUUAUUUUUUUAUUUGAAUGUGCUUUUUAUAGAAAGAAUUCAAAAUAAACAGUGCUUGUGGGUAUAGAAGGCAAAUUCAGCUCACCUCCAUCUUUUAGCACAAUGAUAAUUUAAUGUUGCAUAAGUAUAAGUAGUGCUUUGAAUAUAACACUAAAAAAAUGACAAACCACUGACUAUUUUUUUAAUCACUGUUUAGUUGAUAUACUCCUAUGAGAACACCCAUGCAUUUAAUUCUGCAUUUUUCAUUGGAGUAAAUCUAAAAAUAGCUUGCAAAAGCUGCAAAACUCUCCUGUGCAGCCUUUGCAAGCCCUCCCCUUCUAACCCCGCCCAGACUUUCUGUGGCUGCCCAAUCACAGACUUCCCAAUGCAGCUCAAUGAUAAAUCUUUGCAAAGAAGGUGCUCUGGGCAAUUGCUACCUCUUGAGUUUGGCUCCACUGAGCUAACCGAACCAGGAAGCAACAUGACUGGUUGUCUGACUGACAGGUGUAACAAGGUUAAUUUAUAAAGUAGAGAUUUCUAUAGAAAUUGGCACCUUUUAAAAAUGAAAACAAAAGGACACACUCUUAGCACAAAAAGUAGUUCAGCAAAAUAAAGUGCUUUAGGGGUCUGGAGUGCUUUAACAAAGUACCUCAAAGAGACCGUCCUGAGUUAUACUCCCAUGAGAGGGCAUAUGAUCUUGCCUGAACUUUUGGCCAUCACACGAUUUGUAAAUAGUAAAAAAAAAAAAAUAAUUCGGAAAACAUUUCAGCCAUAAAAAAGUGGAGUUUUCACCAAAAGACACUGAUAGGGGGAAGGUGAUGACAUGGAAGCUUAUUUUCUAGCACCUUCCCUCCCCCCAGGUACGGUUUGAAUGGUGAUGUGUGUUUGUCUCCCGCACAGCAAGUCUACAAUCUGGGUGCCACCCAUGCAAAUACUUUGUAAUGCUUGCUGCCUUUUCUCCCCAUGUGGACUUCAUUGAACGCUUCACUUCUAUGUAAAUGUGUGCUUCCUCUCCCAGGCAGACACCAUUGAAUUCUUAGAUCUCAUGUAAAUUAUGUAAAUGCGAGCUGCUUGUUUUUGUCUUUGCCCAGGUGGCUAUAUUCGCCUGCAGGGGGCGCGAUGGAGCGACAGCCGAGCUCUGAGCUGUGUGGAACGUUUCGAUACUUUCAGCCAAUACUGGAGCACUAUCUCAUCUCUGCACCAAGCUCGCAGCGGCAUGAGUGUGGCUGUAUUGGACGGGAAGAUAUAUGUAAUCGGAGGUAAUGAUUUCAAAAUCCCUGAGCCUGGAACUCUGGUGGAUUUGGGGGUUUAUGUCAGGAGACCAGUUCCAGGUUUUUUUUUUUUUGGUUUUUUUUUCAGAAAUCUAAACAGACUUUUCAGUGAAAGAGUAAUGUCUCUUAAUCUGAAUUAUUGUUCCAUUCAGUCAUUGAUGGACCACUAAAUCUGUCCUCAGGAAACAGAGGCGUGUCUCGGGUAUUGACUUGGAUUUCCUUUGUAUCAGCAGAAUAAUUAACAACAUUGCUGCUACAACAUAACUAUCAUAAAGGCGUAAAAGGGAUUAAUUACUUUAACUCUUUCAAUCCAGCGCUGCUCAGUAGAAAUUUCUAAUGUUCUUAUUCACUGACAAAGUAAAUUAUUAAAGUGUGAAUUCAAAAGUUUAGGCUGACUUGACUAAUAUUUCCAGUUUUUUAAGCUAUAUUGCCCUAAAAGUUUAAUUUCACAUUAAAUUCACUCUUGAGUAACCUCGUAGGACUUUCAUAGUUUGUGAAGACGUCUGGCCCCUUGGUUUAAGUGAAGUGACUGCAUAAUUAAAAAAAAAUAAAGGAAAGAAAAUUUGGAGCACAAAAAUAUUUUAUUCACUCUAUGAAUUAAGUUUUAAUAGGCUUUUCAGGUCUGUAUAUUUACUUGAAACAAAUUUAAGUUACAGCACGCACAUAAAAAUACACUUUAUAAAUCUGAUCAAGCUGCUUAAAAUCACCUAUCUAAGUAAAAAUAUGGGGAUUCAGUUCCACCUUAUAGUCAUAUUGUGUUUAAGGGAUACUAUAGUAUCAGGAAUACAAAGCUGUAUUCCUAGCAUUAUUGCUCCACCUGCCUCCCCCUUUGCUUGCGCCCCCACCCCCCAGGCCAGUAAAUAAAGGGUUAAAAAAAACCUUUAUUAACUUACCUUAUCCCAGGGACAAUGCUCCGACAUCCCGCAACGAGCGGGCUCUAAUAUGCAGCGCAUACAUUAGGUCUCCCCAUUGAAAAGCAUUGAAUCAAUGCUUUUCUAUGGGGAAAAAUCUGACGCUGGAGGUCCUCAUGUGAGGACCUCCAGCGUCAGAUAACGGACUAAUUCAGGAAGUCCUCUAGUGGCUGUCUAGUAGACACCCACUGUGGGCAGACUUGGAGCUGCAAUAUAAACAUUGCAGUUUUACAUUGCAGUGCUAAGGGACACUGUACUUAGACUACUUCAAUGAGCUGAAGUGGUUUGGGUGUCUACAGUGUUCUUUUCAGCCCACCAUAUUUACUUGACACAUUAACACUGGCCAUAGGAUGAUAUCAACAAAAGUGUUUUACCUUUUGAAUGCCUUGACACUGAGCCUUGCAAUUCAUGGGCAUUCCCUAGACCAGCGGUAGGUGAGCUUUGGCACUCCAGAACAUGUAGUCCACAACACCUGGAAUGCCAAAGGUUGCCCAUGUCUGCGAUAAACAAUAAUGACAUUCAGUAGAUCAACCCCACAACUUCCUUUCUAGUUCCUGCACACCAGUGCCCCCCAUGUGCUUUCUUCUCCUCUCCAAGUGGGAGCCACACACAGACUGAUGUAUGUAAAAGAAUAUUCUUGAUUAUGAAACAAAUUAAAUUGCACUUUCUCAAUAGACCCCAGUAUACAUUUAUUUCCAUUGGAUUUGCUGUAUUUCACACACUAGCCAUUCUCUUUUCUUAUUCUCUGAAAUGCCUGAUUUAAUACUUGCAUGUAAACCGCUGUACCAUUGUAACAAUUUCAAUAUCCUGUUUCCUUUUUUUAAAACUUUCUCCUUCAUGUGAAAGGUGAAAAAGAUUCCAUGAUCUUUGACUGUGUUGAGUGCUAUGACCCAGUGACUAAGCAGUGGACUGCAGCUUCCUCCAUGAACCAACCACGCUGUGGGCUCGGAGCCUGCGCCUGCCAUGGUGCCAUCUAUGCUCUGGGUGAGUCAAUUGUCCCACCCACUCCUCUUUGUGUUAACAGGAUGUCUAUGGUGCAAGAAUAGCCAGUAUGUGUGAAAGCUGGAGUUUUUUUUACAUGUUAUGAUUGCAUCACAGCCUCUAAUCUUCAAAUCAGACCCUUAAGAAAAUGGUUUGACUUUGUAUAGACCUGUAUUCACUCGUAAUCACAAAGCUAUCAUUACUUGACUGACCUAUUACUAUGUUACAAUGCUUUUUUUUUUUUUUUUUUAAAGGGAUUUGGACCUGGUAAUUCAUUUACUUUGUGUUCUUGCAACCAGUGUUGAUAUGCUCUGUUUAAUCUGUUUUUGCAUUAUACAUGAGCAUAUCUAUUUUUCAGUGUAAACGGCUGGAAUGUGAUUCUUAAAGGGACUCUAUCCUCACCAGAACAAUUGCAGUUCAAUGUAGUUGUUCUGGUGUCUGCAGCCUGUCCCUGCAGGAUUUUUCAUGUAAAUGCUGCCCAGUAACACCUCUAGGUGCAGUCAUUCAGAUGGCCACUAGAGGUGCUUCCUGAGUCGAUGCUGCACAGCGUGACGCUGAAUGUUGAUCCAAUGCAUGUUCAUGAGAAGAUGCUGAUUGGCACUGCGCAGAGUUUUGCCGCACAUGCACAAUAGCCUCCCAAUGGAUUAGCUGAGAUUAAUAAAUAUGAUGAUCUCCGUCAAAGAGGUGGGGACAGCUGCAGCGAGGCCAAUGCUGCGCUGGAAAUAAGGAAAGCAAAAUUACUUUUUAAAAGAAGGCAAGGGUAGCCAGGAACCUAAAAUGUGUUUUUAAACUAUAGUAGAGAUAUAAUGGAUACCGCACUCCCCAAACAACCAGGGUCAGCCAGGCCCCACUUCCAGAUAUGUAGAAUAAAUAACGGUCCUGGCCCUCUGGAUAGUAGCAAAAAUAGCAGCUUUAUUGGGGCAAAAGCAACAACGUUUCGACCCAACUGGGUCUUUAUCAAGCUGAGGACCUAAAAUGUGCUUUUACAACUAUAUUGUCAGGAAUACAUGUAUGUAUUUUUAUUAUUUAUUUAGCGCCAGCAAGAUUCUGUAGCGCUGUACAGUGGACACUAUAGUGUUCCUUUAAGGUUUAUAAAUAAAUUAAUCCGUGUGAAGCCAUCUUGUUUUUCUACUGGACAGUUUAUUUUUACUGCUCAACAUAAGAUAAUCAUGACUGCAUUGCAAAAUAAUGCUCAGAGAGAACAUAUUACAUGUAUGUUAAGUGAAUAUUCUAAUCGCUAUAAACUACAGCCAUUGGAAGUCGUGGUAACAGUGAUGGCAGACCACUCGUUCUGUUUUCCGCUAUUGGUUAUGGUGAUGGCCAAUUUUCUGUGUGGAAUUAGCUGGGAGUGUUGACUGAAUCUCUCAAACAAUCAAUGUUUGUGGGUGCCGGAGUAUCCUCUGUUUGUGUCAAAUGGCUUGAACUUUGACAAAGAACCGGGAGAUCAUACCAAAACCACUAUAGCAAUCUUAGAAUGCCCUGGCUUACCUUUUGCUCGCUGGGAGCAACUCUGAAGAAGCACCUGGUUAGAACAUACUUUAUUAAUGAUGUCUGGCAAUAUCAUUUGAUGUCUGUAUUCAUUCAGUGUACACUAGCUCUCUGUUAAGUACAUGUUUUUUGGAUAGAUAAAUGAUGCCUAUGACCAAAGAUGGCUGCUCCUCUUAAUGUAAAGCGAUGCACAUAAACAAGGUAUUUAUGUGCGUGCAUAAGGCGUAAUAGUCGGCGUCCAGCAUCUCACGGUGUGUCGUAAGUGGUACCCCUUAAUAUCUAUGAAAAUAUAUACUAUUGCAGUUAUAAGAUAAGAUAUCAGGAACUUAAAUCUGACCAGGAAAGCCUGUAUUGUUUAAGAAGAGAACUGAAUAAAUUAACACAAUUCGAUUCUCCCAGGUAAGACAGGACAUUGUAAGACUCUUUGAUCAUUCCCACUAAGAGUGGCUUAUCAAGUCUGCAGGAACUCUCAGCUCUGCUGAAUGUAUGUAAAUUGUAAUCCUUUUAUAUGUAGUAAAUAUAGCCUUUUGUUCUUUUGUAAGCCUCCCCAUGUCUCCUGUUCUCUCCUCAUGCUCAUACAUCCACCUUUCUUGCAAAAAAUAUUGUCUGUGCUAACUUGCAUAAUUUAAUUAUGUAUGUGUGGAACCAUUGUAGAGAACAUCCCUCAAUGUUACGUAAUAUCACACUGAGUGACGUAAGGAGAAGAAAAAAACAUUGUAAGGGCAAAAUUCUUAAAACACUAUAUUGCUACUUACAAUGUGUGUACUAUGCAUGUACUAAGUUUAGCAUUAUUAUUGGUGUUUUAUAUAGCGCCAACCUAUUCCGUAGCGCUUUACAAUAUUCUGAAGGAGAGUGAGAUUUUACCCAGUUACAUAGCUGAAAAGAGACUUGCGUCCAUCAAGUUCAGCCUUCCUCACAUUUGUUUUUUGCUGUUGAUCCAAAAGACGGCAAAAAAAACAGUUUGAAGCACUCCCAAUUUUGCAACAAGCUAGGAAAAAAUUCCUUCUUGACCCCAGAAUGGAUCGAGAAGUUAUUACCCUACAUUGAAAAAUUAUAUUCUAUUUUUGCAAGUAUGCAUCUAGUAGCUGUUUGAACAUCUGUAUGGACUCUGAUAAAACCACUUCCUCUGGCAGAGAAUUCCACAUCCUUAUUGUUCUAACAGUAAAAAACAAAACAAAAAACCUUUCUUUUGCCUUAGACGAAAUCUUCUUUCUUCCAGUCUAAACGCAUGACCUCAUGUCCUUUGUAUAGUCCUGUUUGUGAAUAGAUUUCCACACAAUGGUUUGUAUUGGCCCCGGAUAUAUUUGUGUAAUGUUAUCAUAUCCCCUCUCAGGCGACGUUUUUCUAAACUAAAUAGGUUUAAAUUUUUCAACCUUUCUUUAUAGCUGAUAUGUUCCAUUCCUUUUAUUAAUUUUGUAGCCCACCUCUGUACUUUUUCUAGUGCCAUAAUAUCCUUCUUUAGAACAGGUGCCCAAAAGUGCACAGGAUAUAUUCAAUAUGGGGUCUUACCAGUGAUUUAUAAAGAGGCAAAAUUAUAUUCUCAUCCCGAAAAUUAAUGCCCUUUUUCAUGCAUGACAAUACUUUACUGGCCUUAGCCACUGCUGAUUGGCAUUGCACAUUUUACAAUAAAUGAGAUAUUUACAAAAUGACACAGGAACAUUAGAUGAGGACCCUGCUCAAACAAGCUUACAGUCUAGAGGAUUGUGUGUGUGUGUGUGUAUACUGUUUGUUUUGUGGCUGUGUGUGUAUGUAGUAGUAGUGUAUAAAUGUGUAUAGCAACGUGAACCAUUGUGUUCGGCACCAGCCAAGACCUUCUGCAAUAUCACUAAUAAAAAUAUUAAAGAGAAUGGGUCCAAGUACAGAACCCUGAGGUACCCCACUGGUGACCAGCCCAUGCUUCGAAUAUACAUGUUUUAUCUGGUUACAUGUUACCCUGCUACCACGCAUGAAGGCUUUAGCUUGUCACUAAAUGCAAUGUCUGAUGUAACCCUGUGUGUUAAUACACACUGAAAUAUGUGCUCUCAUUUCUGCAUUUUUCUUGCAUGUAAAGCAAGUGGUGUCAAUGAUUUGCUAUUUAAUCAUUAAAGGAGCACUUCUCAAUAAAUCUAUUUAGUAUUUUUGGUGUAUCUCUUGUGAAUAACAUCCUAGUUAAUGAUCAGGAAAUGUGGUCUUGCAGGUGGCUGGGUCGGAUCUGAAAUUGGAAAUGGCAUUGAGCGUUUUUCACCAGAGGAGAAUGCGUGGCAGAUCGUAGGAACUAUGUCAGUGGCCAGAUAUAACUUUGCCUGCUGUGAAAGAGAAGGUACUCUAACAAUACUGCAAUAACUGAGGAUUGUCAUUAAGCUAAUUGGUAACUGCAUCCUGUAAUGUAUGCAAACCUAUAAAUACUGCACACACUUCACGAUUUCCUCUGUUAUUAUAUCAAUCUACACUUAUUAUGUAAAAAUCACUGUCUAACCAAGACUGCACUGUCUCUUUUUAGGACUUAUCUAUGUGGUUGGUGGUGUCAGCCAUGAAGGGAUAGAAUUGACCACUGCCGAGGUAUAUGACCCCAUUGCCAGGCGUUGGACCUCUUUACCGCCAAUGCGUUACUGUAGGGCCUACCUGGGGGUUGCGGCUUUAGAUGACUGUCUAUAUGCCGUGGGUGGCUGGAACGAGAGACAGGACGCGCUCAAUAUUGUGGAGAGGUUCUCAUUUGAAGAGGUAUUAUGGUUCGGUGUAUUUAUUCUGUAUUUUACAUUUAAGAAGUUCUAACUUUCCCUUUCCAGAAAUGUGGGAUUAUUCAAAUACUUUAGAACAGGGUUCUUAAAACGAGGUUGUCCCCCUAUGAUGAUGUACUAGAACUCCCAUAAUUCCUUUGUCAGAGAUUAGUGGGGGGUUUACUCAAGCAUCAGUACCCCUUAAUCCUCUACGGAUGCCGACAAAGUGUGUGAUCUCUUAAAAUAUACUGAAUAUCUAAAGUAAAACCGUGCAUGCCAGCCUUAGUUGGGGUUUUCGCAAUAGUAAGGGUAAAUUUUCCCAUUUACUAAAAAUCUACAGUUUCUGCAAAGGCCAGAAUAAGGUCAGCUAUAAACCAUAUUCAGCUGAGGCUUGUGGGAUGUGUAGUACAUCAUUGCCAGCAGUUUGCUCAGUGAAAAGAUGCAAGCUACCGAAAAGCUUCACUAUGGCUUCUGUUAGUUUGCCAAAAAGUUAAUUUCUGUAUUUUUUUUUAAUAUAUCUAUAUCUCCAUAAUGGUUAGAGAGAGCACGCUUUGCAUGACCCUCUGCAGUAAUAAGGACCAAAUUAAAGUGAGAUUGACCAUGGCCUCCAUGCUAGGUGUGUAGGUGGUUAUGGUGCUUUCAUGGUAACGUUAACGAAGUCUGAAGAAAUUCAUUUCCGUUUUCACAGUUUGCAGGCUUAUGCUUGUUAACACUUCCCAACUGUGAAUAAACUGAAAAAAACCUUAUUACGAGGCCUGACGUGCCUUCCUGAUGAUGUAGAUUAAUUUAGAAAUAAACAAAAAUGUUUAAAAGUCUAUCUGUUCCUGUCCAAAUCUGAGAUGAAUAAAUUGCGUAUACGCAGAAGUAAGUUCACACUGACACAUGCAGUUCAGGUUAAAAACACUUCAGGAAAUUUAUUAGCAUCUAGUUAAAAAGUGGGCACGCAGGCCUUUUUAUAUGCAAAAUGACAUCAUCAUUGAAUAUCAGAUAAUAACAAAUAAACAUCAUUAAUUGGGUUAAAUGUUAAGUGGCUAUGUCAGUGUCCACCCAUUAAUAUUAUUAAUUGGCUCAGAGAUUUGAGUGACUAGUGAGGCACCCUCCCAUCAUGGGAUGUCGUCGCCAUUGCUCUUUAGCACGAGGCUUACUCGGUGGAAAGGGGGGCUUGGGCGUCAUUUUACGUAGUUAGUGAUGUCAGUCUCGUGGUCUGUUCCAAGGUUCUUUUAUGAAUAGAACAUUUCAUUUUGUCACUGUUCUCCUGGCCUUGGAUUAUACUAUGUUGCAAGUCAACGGAGAUCCGCUAACUCCGGGGCUAGUUAUGUCCUUAGAGAGAGAAUACAAUCUCUUAUUCAUUAUACUGAAUACUGUCAGGAAAUUCUGUCAUGUAAGGUGAACAAAAUGGAGUUAGUACAAUAAUUCAAUACAGGUUCUAAUAAAGAUUUUAAUAAUUCUACAUCACUGCCAGGGCCUGUAUAACACGGAGUGUGAUUUUCUUUCCUCUCGUUUGUAGGAGCAAUGGGUGGAGAUUGCAUCAAUGAAGCAGCCCAGAGCGGGGGUAUCGGUGAUUAGCGUCAAUGGGUUGCUGUAUGCGGCAGGCGGUCGAGCCACUGUUCAGAACUUCUCGGCUCCAGUUACAUCCGACUCUGUGGAGGUUUAUAAUCCACACACAGAUUCCUGGACUGAAAUCAGCAACAUGAUUACCAGCCGGUGUGAGGGGGGGCUGGCUGUUCUCUGA